CGAAGUAUAAAAGCAAUCAAACUUGAAGCAAAUUCUAUCAAACCAAGUCUGAGCAUCCUUCAAAAAUGUCGCUCAAUUUUUACUUGAUCUGUUUUAUCAUCGCAGCAAGUGGUAUCGCGAGGCUGCAUGGAUCGCGAAUUCCUCGAUUAAGCAACCAUAAGGUGGUCGGUGGCCACGAUGCCAAUCCCGGAGAAGCCCCGUUCCAGAUAUCGUUGUUCCUUGGUGAUAGAUUCCAAUGUGGUGGAAGCAUAAUCAACAAGCACUGGAUUCUUACGGCAGCCCACUGCAUCGAAUACGAAGACGAAUCUCGCAUGUCCAUUCUGGCAGGAACCAAUAGUUUGUCCAAUGGAGAUGGUCGCCGGUAUCAGGUGGAUCGGCACGUUGCUCAUCCCAAGUACGACUCGCCAUGGAAACACAAUGACAUCGGACUGAUCCGGUUGAAGGAAGCGCUGGAAUUCGGAGAGCUGGUUGAGCCGAUCGAAAUUAACCGGGAAGCGAUUCCGGAAGGUUCCCCGGUGAAGCUGUCCGGUUGGGGGCUAACUGAUUCACAAGCAGCAGAUGUGCCGGAUGCGUUGCAAAUUUUGGACUUGCUCGUAUCCUCCGAAGGGGAAUGUACUGUUGCUCACGAGGUGAUUUUUGAAGGUCACAUAUGCACUUUCACGAAAUUUGGCGAGGGAGCAUGUUUUGGUGAUUCCGGUGGUCCGUUGACGUUCGAAGGAAAACUAGCGGGUAUCGUCAGCUUUGGAGCCCCUUGUGCCAUAGGAUAUCCGGAUGUGUUUACUCGAGUAUCGUUCUAUCAGGACUGGAUUGAGGAGACAAUUGCAAAUGAUCUGUGA